CGCUAACAACAGUGGGAAAUGGAGAAGGGCGUGAACGGAUAGAGGUUCUGGUGUAAGGGUUAAACCAAGACUGUUUAUAGACAGUACUCCAUCAGCAUGACACACCAGGACAGCUCAGAUGUCCCAGCAUUUUUCUUUUGAGGCUGCACUCGAUACUCAGGAGCCUUUGGGAGGACUAUCCCAGUGGCCAACCCUAAUAAGGUGUGUUCUUCCAUAGGCCGUGAGGCCAGAGCUUGGGUUCUGGUGGUAGCCCCAACUGCCUCUUUCAACAGUUUACUUCCCUGCCGUGAGCUGCAUCUUUCUCCACUUGACAGCUUCCCCUACAUUUUACAGCCUUUUCUCUACCAGUACAGUGACUAUUUGAAAGUUCAAGGUACUGAAGAUAGGAAGAGAGUAUGUCUUUUAAAGAAAACAAAAAAAUGUAUGCGGAAAGAAAUGCUUUCUAGUUCCCCAAAAUGUUACGUUGCUGAAUUGGAUGACAUGUCACAGAGGACACCUGCAACCUGUCAUAGGAAUGUGUCCUCUGCCCACAGUGCUGCCCUGGGUUUGCCAAGGAUAAGACCAAAGGCUCAGGGGAGCCAUAGAUGGCUGCAGGCUCAGCCACAUGGCCAGGCCAGUCUUCUCUGAGAAGAGGCAUUCCUGGACGGAAAGUGCCCCAAGGGAAGGUUGACACAGAGACAGUUCUUUCCCACGACAAAAGCCGAAAGCAGGCAGCGACAACCGAAGGCAAGGCCUGCCCAAAGGGAUCUGACACCCGGGCCCGCGUCACGCACCAGCCUCCGGAGCCCCAGCCCUCGGAGCCCCCUAACCUGCUGCGACCAGGACACCAAGCACCGCCCGUGUCCCCUCUCUCAGUACGUCCGUGCCGCCGGUCAGCGCACGGUGACAGCGACACCCCCCACCCCCCGCAUCCAGCCGCCACGCCCCUGCCGCGCACCCACCUCGGCGCCCCGCACCGCACCGCUCCCUCCAGCUCUGCGCUGGACCGCGCUGGCCUUUCUGCGCACGCGCGUAGGCGGCCCCGCCCCACAAGCACGCGCUUGCGGGCUGCCCACCCCGAGCGCCCCGCGUCUCCGCGCCGCCGGCUCUGAGCAUGCGCGCUCGCGCCUGGCGGCCGCCAAGUCGGAAGGCUGGGCUAGCCAAACAGCGGUUCCCGCGCUCGGGGGCGGGGGCUCGCCUCAAGACGUGGGGGCUCUAGCGUGUAAGGCAAAGUCGUGGACAUCUGGAACCCCGAUGGCUGCCCGUGGAAGUCGCCAUCUGACCCGGUUACAUGUGGCCCCGAACGUCCGGUCUUGAGCCGGGUAGAAUGUAGCUAGGGGCGGGACCUGGGCCAAGACUAGGAAAUGAUGCAGAGAGGGACAACUGGAUGGACCCCAGAGAUGGGGACUACGGGACAAGAACGAGGUAGGGAAACAGGCAGAGAUGCAGCUGCGGAUGGGGGCACAAAUGCGCGACCGGCUGAGGCAGGCUAGAAUGGACGUGGGGACAAGAUGCACGGUGUUGGACAGAGGCAGCCAUCCUUAUACGGGAGGAGCCCACAGUACUCUGCAGAUCCUGGUUGGAGGCGGAGAAGUCGCUGUCCUGGCUGUGCGGUUGGACCACGACCCCCACAGCGGUGUACAGGCGUCAAUGGUGGCAACAGUGACUUUGGGGAGGUCGGAGGACUCUAGUGUAUCACAGCAUCGGAGAGUUAAUGAAUCAGUGACCCACGGGACGUGCUCAAACCCCAGAAGGAUCCUAGCAUCCCCUGGGAGUGGGGCGGUUCACAUCCAUUAAGAGAUGUUGGAUAUCAGGAUACCCCUUGUAGUAGGCAGCCAGGGUGAUGAGAUCAGGGUCCUCUGAGGGUGACGACUGCCCUCGGAGCCUCCAGGUAGCUCUUAGAGCCUUCACACCCCUCUGUGUUGGGGGUCGGGGGUCGCCAAAGAAGUUAAAAGCAAGGAUGGG